CACUUAUUGCGUCUAAAGCAAACAUAAUUUUAAUAUUUGUUUUUUUUUCGGCGUUUAAUAUUUUCUUUUGUAGAAAUGUCUAACGUUAAAAAUCGACAUUGCGGCCAGUGGUUCGCGCAGUUCGCGGCUUGAGACUGGCUUGCUAUUCAGCGCAAAAAUGGCAGACGACCGAACUGAGUCGUCGGAGCAGCGUGAACAGGCUAACGCCGUUUCGUUUUCUCUGGACUCUAUAAAGGAGGCCGUGGACGAGUUGUACACGUUUCGAGACAACUAUUACGUGAAAAACCCCAGCGCUUCUGAGAGGCAGAGAACUGAAGAUGUUGAGAAAAGGCUUAGGAAGAUUAUAGACGCAUUAGACGCACAAGGAGGAGCACUAGAAAAGGUGGACAGAGCAAAAUUCCAUAUGCUGAAAGGGAAAGCACUUAACAUUCAAGAAGACUAUAACCCAGAGGCACAUGAAGCACUUUCCAAAGCUGUGAAGCUCAAUCCCAAACUGGUCGAAGCAUGGAAUGAGCUUGGAGAAUGCUACUGGAAAAAAGGACAGAUUACGAAGGCACGCAACUGCUUUGAAGGUGUUCUGAAAGUGACAAAGGACAAAGUGUCGCUCCGAAACCUGUCUAUGGUCCUUCGGCAAGUUGGUGAAACAGAAGAAGAAAGGCUUAACAAUGUCUGUGAGAGUGUUGCAAAAGCUAAAGAAGCGUUGCAGCUUGAUAUCACUGAUGGAAAGACUUGGAGUAUUCUUGGUAAUGCAUACAUGACAGUCUUUUUUUCUGGUGCACAAAAUGUCAAGUCACUGCAGCAGGCUUUGGCAGCAUACUCUAGGGCUCUUGAGGAUCCACGAAUGCACUGCUGCUCUGAGCUAUUUCAUAAUCGCGCUGCGGCCUUGCAACAUGAGGAGGACUACCAGGGAGCUUUGGAGCAACUGGAGCGUGCCUGCUCCUUGGAGCCCCAUUGGACUGAGCCUCGGGAUAAAGCCCAGAACCUGAUGGCACACUUGGAACGACUGGCCAAUGCCAUUUCACAUAAGGGUCACCUUAAGCCACGCAAGAUCAAGGCUUUGCUAAGGGACCUAAAGGUGCAGCCGUUAGCAGGUCUUGAACCAGCCAAGUUACAAGAUCUGUGUCCUGGGAAGAACGCUGGCCGCCUGCUCACUGUAAAAGUGGCCUGCAGUGUCCUCUCCCAGGAGCGCUUUCCAUUCACUAUGUGUGCUUUGGAUGAAGAUGCUUCCUGUCUUGCUGUGAAUGUCUACAAUAUGGCUGAUGGACGGGGAUUUGUUGUUGGAGACUCUGUCGCAAUUCCUGAGCCAAAUUUUCAUCAUAUUCGAGUUAAUCACAAAGGCCUUGAGCUCACCUUCCCAAGCAUACGUGUUGACUCCCCAUUGGCCCUUAUUGUCAAUGGGAAAGCCUUGGGCAGUGAGAGCAGAGCACCUCUUCGGCUCCAAGUGGUCAUCAAGAAAGACUAGUGCCAUGUGUUCUUGCACCAUUGCCUAGCUGCAGUGUUGAGAGGAACAAACACUAGCCAGCCGGCUGGCCGGUUGGCAGCUGCUUCAAGCACUGAUAGUUACUUUAGCAAGUGCAGUACAAUGGUAGGAAUGUUGCCAUAGGACUGCGUGCAGAGUUGUUCACUAUUGGUAUAUAUUAUGGCCAUAUGUGUUUUAUGCUGAUGAAGUUUUAAGAGGGAGCUUUGGCUUGGGGCCAACUUCUAUUCCCCUAUUUGUAAGAUUUAAAUUGUUGCAUUUGAGGGAGUAAGUUAUGUUCUAGCAACUGUAGCAAGCGGAAUAUUUAUUUAGGACCUGAUAUUUCUUUACAAAUAUUGCUGAAAAAUCAGUAAGUAAUAAUAUAGUCGAACCCUCUUAUAACAAUAUUCAAGUGCCCCAAGAAUUCCAGUUUUAUAACCGAUAAUUGUUAUAACUAGGUUGCAUGAAAAAAUCAAAAUAGGGGGAUGGCAGAGCUGAUGUGAGAAAACUAUAAUGGUGGGGAGGCCAGAGCCCCUCCCCACCACCUUCUUCCAUCCGGCUGCCGAUUGUGUUCACUCGUUUAACUGCUUCCUGGGUGCUCCGUUUGCAUGUAUCAAGUCGCAGGUAUCAGCGUUAAAAGAAUGGCACUGCUAUAACAACUGCAAAGAGGGGUCACAGGCUCAAAUCGAUAUGCAAGCUCCGCCGAGUCAUCGCUUUAGUGGCCCCAAAAGGGGCCUUUUAAUAUAUGUGCGGAGGUUGCCGCGGCAGCCUGUCAGCUUGAGAAAUCCAGAAGAAACGCUGAGGUGAGAUCACCACAAGCAUCUCGCCACGUACUUCUCACUGGCUUGCACGCGGAAAACCCCGUGUCCAUCAACUUUGCAUGCUUUACGCAAAGCUUGCCGACAUCCUUCUCCAAGGCAUCCAUGUGCCCCACAUAAAUGCAGGGGAAGGUUCCUCGCGAGAACGAUGCCCCGGAGCCACUGAAUCAUCUGGCGGGCCUCCUGUGAGGAUAAUGCUGAGGCAGCCUGCCCUACUGUCUCAUCGCUGCCGUCAUUGCUGUCGCUAUCCGAUGCAAGCACGUUCGUGCUGAUCGCCUCAUCGGUUAGAAGCACUUAGUUUCCAAAUCUAUAGCCAUGCACUUUCCUUUCACUGGCAACGUAGUGCAUUGCUGAUGGUCAGCGGGAGCGUCAGCCAUCUUCCGUUUCGGCUGAGAGUCAAACAUGGCUGAAAAACCUCGUGGCCAGGAACAAUUUCGACGCAAACAACAAAGAUAAACGCAAGCAAUUAAGCUGUUUGCAGAACUGCACUGAAUGAGGGCAGUGCAGUUGGCACGGUCCAUUCGUGUUUUGGAGGGUGGUGCAGCGCAGAGCUAUGGGCGCAGCCCAUUCAUGUUCGGAGGGGCGGAAGGGUGACGGAAGAGAGGCGUGCGGAGAAGGCUGGAAAAUGAGCGUGCGGCGGCUGUUGGGUCAGCAGGCCAUCAUGCCGUGGCUCAAAUUUCUCUUUUUUUUUUUUUAUUUUCAAGGAUUUCACAUUACUCUACCUUUCGGCACGGGCACCCAGCAGCCACACCUCAUUAUUACAACCGAUAAUGCGGCAUCAGGGCAUUGUAAGCAGGUUGUUUACCAUAGAAAACAUACAAAAGUUGACGGUGCAGCAGCUUUUCAUUGUUAAAACCGGUAUUGUUGGAAGUGGGCUCGACUGUAUAUUGAAUCACAAAAAAAAAAAAAAGGUAUUGAGAAUCUGCAAGCUGCAUUUGUUACAGAAUCUAAAGUGAACAAAUUAUCAGUAUAAAUUUACAGGUUACAUGAAAUCAUUACAAUCCUUACGAGGUAUUUAUAACAACAUAGUGCUCACUAAACAAUCAGUUAUCUCGGGUUGCCUACAGUUUGCACUUCCCUCAAAUUACCUCCAAAAUAGGGUGUGCGCGACUUCACUCAGCAACACCACGUGCAGCCAUAGCCAAACUAGAAGAGAAGUGCAUUAACCUGCCCCUCCCCGCUCUCCUCCCUCCCCAACACACGCACAUUUCCCCACUCCCCCUCCUACGCGUAAGAACAAGCCGCCAUGCUUUUCAGUUCACCCUCGCACACUUCCCUUGCACCUACAACAUACGGCAGGCGGCCACGAUCUUAAUGCACUUAAGACUUUAUAUGGAAGAUCACGGUGACUGAAGGAAUUUGCCUGGAGUGUUCAUAUAAUUGCUUUUGCAAUAAAAGACAGCGAACUUGUGCGACGUUGCAGUAUCACGACCUGAUUUUCAGCAAGGCAGUUUCUUUUGAGCAGUUGCAAGUAGAAUGUAGUUGUCUGUAAUUAAAUGACAUACUUGUAAUGCUGCCCAUAUAUGACUCACCCAUUUGAAACCUUGCCCACAUUUAACACUUUCAAACACUUGCCUAAGGUAUUUUUCAUAAGGGCAGUAAUUCAUCCACACACAUGACCACAUCAGCCAUAAUGUUCCCCCCAUUUUUGCUAAAUUUAAUCUCUGUGGAGUGUAUAGUUCUGCCAGGGCAGCAGGCUGUAUUUUCAUUUGUAGAACACAUAACACUCCAGAGCACUUGCGUACAUAAUUUAUUGCAAAGGCCGCAAUUAACCCACACUCUUUGUGUUUUGCCUACACAUUGCCCAUAGCCUACCCUUAUUUUCAACAAAUAUAAACGAGGUGCCUUGUUCAGUUCACCGAGGAGCAUUUAGCAAUUUUCACUUAGCUCUGAAUUGAUGCACAAACUUCAAAAUUUGCCUGCACAUCAUCGAUUAGCAUGCCCCUCAGUUCUCUAAAAUGCAAACUUAGUGAGUCCAGUUCUUUCAGGGCACUAUCAAAACAGGCAUAUAACAUCUUUAAGAGCUUUUUGUGGCACUAUCGGAUUUGCUGAAGUACAUCAACUUUCUCCACUUCAGUUGUCUUAAUAGCUGGAUGUGAGUUACAGAGCUGAAAACUUGGUACUUGAGUUCUUUGAUAUUGCCACGUGCUAUUCUAAGAUGAUGAUGUGAACUGUUGGAUUUAGUGGGAUGGAGCCGUAAGCGGCCCCUGGCUGAUCUGAUGGCACCGUGCUUAAGCUGACUUCCAUGUUGACCAGUGCGUGCUAUACCUUGUAAACACACCAUGUAAAUAGUUUAUCUUACAUACUUCCACAUAACAUUUAUUUGGUGGAAGUGCUGGGUUCUUCUUCAGACGAUGGAGCUUUGCAGCAGACACCAUUUUGAAUCUGCCACCAUGCUUCCAGGUCUUGACAUGUUGCCACCAGCUACACCUGCGACCACCACCAAAUUUAUCAUCCUCUCACAGCCCUACAAUCCUGGCACAUUUUCCGGGACCAAAACCGUUGACGUGGAUGAGUGGCUCAGCAUGGUACGAGCGUGUCAGCAAACAGAAUGGCUGGGAUCCGACUGUCAUGCUGGCGAACGUCAUAUUUUACCUUGGCAGAAGCCCUCGCGUCUGGUUUCAGACCCAUGAGGACGAUAUCACCAGCUUGGACACAUUCAAGCAGCAAUUCCGCAAGCUUUUCGGCAACGUGUUUGGUUGACAGCUUGCCGCCAAGAAACAACUGGCGGUACAUACCCAGAUAUCAACUGAGCCUUACUUUUCAUACAUACAGGACGUGCUGGCCUUGUGUCUACUAGCUGACCAGAAGAUGUCCGAGGCUGACAAGAUCGCCCACAUUUUGAAGGGUAUCGCAGACGACACGUUCAAUCUGCUCAUCUUCACCAACGUGACCACCGUUGACAGUGUAAUCAGAUUGCCGUCGUCUAGAGCAAGCGAAAUUCUGGCGCAUCUCACGUCAGUUUGAAUGUCUACCGAAUACCGCUGCAACGUCGUCCUGCGAGGCAACUCCUUGUCAGCUAUCCUCAUCAGAUGACGUGACGCGCAUCGUCUGUUGAUAACUCGAGGCCGCAUGUCCAGCUUAUAAACCCACUGUAUCUGAGACAUCAACGCCGGCUGUUUCUUUGAUCCAGGCCACUCACAACCUGUGCUCCACAGCUCUUUGUGAGCUUCACGACACCCCAACCACUGGCCACCUUGGUGUUACUCGGACACAUGGCCGCAUGCGCCGUCGCUUGUACUAGCCUGGCCUAGUCCACUCAGUGCGGUGUUAUGUCAGCGCCUAUGAGCUCUGUCAAUGGCAGAAGAAACAAUCUAUGCUUCCUGUUCAGUAUCUUCAGCCCAUUGAUGUCCCACCUGAAUCCUUUUUUCGUGUCGGUUUGGACCUUCUUGGACCAUUUCCUGCGUCUGCUUCAGGCAACAAAUGAGUUGCUGUAGCUCCUGAUUACGUGAUGUGUUACGGAAUGACACGAGCGCUGGUGACCAGCUAUGCUUCAGGUGUGGCGGACUUUCUCCUCCGUGAUGUAAUUUUAGUAUGCGGUGCCCCGUGUCAAUUGCUGACUCACCAAGGCCGUUCCUUACUGUCUAAAGUCAUUGAUGAUAUCCUGCGCUGCUGCUCCACGCAGCACAAGAUCACCACCUCAUACCAUCUCCAGACAAACGGGCUCACCGAGCACUUGAAUUGGAUAUUAACCAACAUGCUUUCCAGGUACGUGUCAUCUGACCACCGUGAUUUGAACCUUGCACUGCCAUACGUGACGUUCGCAUAUAAUUCCUCAGAUCAGCGAGAUCAGGUCUAGGCCAUCCUGCCAACUGAAGCAGCCGCCAAGACCCAAGGGAUCUCGGCCGUCUGCUAGGGGUGGAGGGAGGCUGUGUCCGUCCUUGUGAUUGCUGGCAUCAAUAAAAGCUGACUCCCUUUCUCCUGCCACAAUGCUGUUGGAUACUCCCCCUUUUACCUUUUGUUCGGAUAGGCUUUACCGAUGGACGCAUUUCUCCCUUGCCUUGCAAAUUGGACACAUUUCUCCCUUCCCCUGCAGCUUCGACUAGUGAAUGUGCAUGCGAUGCCAUUGCAUAGGCUGAUUAUGCACGGCAGAUAGCCCGUAGUAGACUUGCCACUUCCCAAGAAGAUCAGAAGCGCCUUCACAACCAGUGACACCGCAACGAAUGUUUUGCUCCAAGUGCCUUCAUGCUACUUUAGGCCCCCUCCCGUCAUGUGGGCCUUUCUGAAAAGCUCCUUCCUCACUACAAGGGCCCAUACCGUGUCCUUCGACAAGUGACUGGUGUCACGUACGACAUUGUGUCCGCCAGUCCUACAACAUCUUCUGUUCCAUUGUCCACCGAUGUCGUCCAGGUUUCGGGACUUAAGCAGUACCACCCUUCUUCUGCUAUAGAUCCUUAGUGGUGUCGGGCUGGCUGCUGGAGGUCAUGCUAUGUGUUAUUCUAAGAUGAUGAUGUGGACUGUUGGAUUUAGUGGGACGUACCCAUAAGCAGCCUCUGGCUGAUCUGAUGAUGACGACGUGCCUUGUUGGCUUCCAUGUUGGCCAGUGCUUGCUACCCCUUGUAAAUACACCAUGUAAAUAGUUUAUCUACUGUGAUUCCACGUAACAAUAUUUCAAUUUUCAACAACUUUUGUGAAAAAGUUUACAGCCUAAAUAAAGAAUAUCUGACGAUUUCGACACUCCCUAAUGCAAAACUUGAGUGCAGCUGUAUACAUGUUUUCAUUUCGCAAUAUAUUGAGGCAAAGAACUUGAGACUGAAGUCACUGCCCCAACUGGCAGGGGGCUUGUGCCGUCGGCGCCUUCACACGGGGUAGGGCAGUAUGGGAACACUGGCAUGAUUAGCGGCAUCGGAGCCAGCUGUGGAAGAAGACAAUGAAGCAUGAGCAGUGGCAUGAGCAUGAGAGGCAGUAUGGGAAUGCUGGCAUGAUAAAUUGCAUCUGAGCCAGCUGCAGAAGAAGACGACGAUGGUGAACGUGCGAGCAGUGGCACUAGCGUGGUUACGCUGAGAGACACUGACACUCAACCAAGGAAUGGCUGCCUAAGAGCUGCGCUCUGAAUAUCUGCUUCUUACAGUCACUAGACUAACUUGCUCUUUUAAAUGCAACAAACUUAAUCAAAUUCGGUGCCAUGGUUGCCAAGAAAAACAAUUUCUCCAUUCCCACGUACUGUUAAACCUCGAUAUGAUGAACUUCAAUAUAACGAAAUUCUCGAUAUAACGAAGUAUUGAACUUCUUAUAACUUCUUGUCCAUAGAACACCAUGUAUUUUGAACCUCGAUAUAACAAAGUGUUUUUAUACAGGAUUUCAGUACAACAAAAUUUAUCUGCCGCCGCAAAGGAACACAGAGAUAAUAAAUAGAAACUUCCACGGAUGCAGAUGGUCAACUAGUUGAAUAACGUGCGACUGCUUGUGAACACACCAAAUCGUGAGCUGUGCAACUGAGAGCAACUGCCAAAGUGGAGCAGCGCCAUGUUCCAUGUAAAGUCCAACUAUGAUAACAUCCUAUCACGCCCCGCGGGCUGUAUGCUUUAGGCUCUUUAUGUGCAAGUGAAAGGAUCUAAGGGUGAGCCAAGAAGGAUGGUGGCUUGAUGAACUAAGUCUUCCCAUACAGACAAGUGGAAAGGGGGGCCAGCUUAUGCUAAUGUGAUCAAGCAUGCACGAGGGCAAGGGGAAGGGAGUGGUGGGCAGGUUGGCGCACGUCUUCCUUUCUAGCACGGCUGUGGCUGCAAGUGGCUGUCAGCAUGGCUGAACGCUCAUGCAGCCCACGUGCCCUGUUUUAGAAGUCAUCCAAGGUCUAUCCAAAUGGGUCGCGAAGCUUCAGGCGAAAAGCAGUGCAGAACCAACUGUCACCGACAUCAACAAGGUUGGUUAUGGGAGCAGCAAUUGAAGCAUGACUGUGUGAGGAGGAAAGAAACAUUAAGAAAAACAUUUUAUGUAAAAUGAGGCACUAUUAGAUUUUUUUUAACAAAAAUAAAAUUCCUAAUAAAUGUUGUAUGAGUGUUGUGGAAAGAAAAGACAACUCUCUUUAUCAUUGGCAAGAAAUGCCUCCUUUUCUAUGCGCACUAUAAGAGGGGGGCAUUCACGCAUCUAUAAAUUGCAUUACAGUGCAGCUCUUGAAACGUGCAGAAAGGCGCGAUCGUAAAUUUCGCUUACUAUACACCCCCCUCGGACGUGUUUUUUCAUUGUCAACAUUUUGUCUGAAUUUCUCUGAGGCGGUGUUCGCAAGAUGUUUCAUCGUUCAAUGUGUUCAGUCAAAAGUAGUGAGUUACGGCUGCAAGAUAAUUGUUUACUUCAGCUGCCUUCGUGUGGCUGUGCUGGCCGAUAGACCUGGCAUCUAACAAUGCAACCAGCACUCAACACCCAAAGCUUUCUUUGGCCUACGAGGGACUAAUGAUCUGUUCAUGGGUGCAAUUUUGACACCUGUACUGGCGAUGUUCUGCUGCAUUGCUUUCCAUGCUGAAAGCUCUAAACGCCCAUUGAGUCGAAUUGCUGGUCAUUUGAAAAUACAGCUCCAACAUUAGGCCACCAAAACAAAUUUCGUGCCUUUUACAACAGAAAUGAGGUCACUUCUGUUAAUAACUUCGUAUUGCCAAUGUCAUGCUGUGCCAUUGUUGGCAAAGCAUGAAACCGUAUCUUUCAUCACUUACUCUAAAAUUCAGCUGAUUCUUUUUCCAUUCAAGUUUGCUUUUUCAGUUGCCUGAUUAUUUGGAAAAUUUUGUGGCUUGUUCCGUGUAAGAAAAAUAAAUCAGCGACUGUACUUGUGUACAUAAUAGAUCUAAUUUCAGUACAACUGAAUUUCCGUAUAACAAAGCAAAUUGCCUAUUUUGCUGCAUCAUUAUAUCGAGGUUUAACUGUAUUUAGAUUGGCUUCAUCUUAAGCUAAAGCUCCCUCUGAAGAAAAUGUGUGAGUGUGCUGAUAUAGUAUGUUAAAUAUUUUGGAAUGAAAGCACAGUGAGAAUAGUGAAGCUUUUGUUCUAGCAUAUAAUAGGUGUAAAUAUUACAGCUGAAGUUUUCAUAUGUGUUGCUCUUGUUGGCUGGUGGGCAGCAAGAAAUUUGUUUUCCUGUAUCUACAGCAUUGUACUGCUGCCAGUGUUGUGAGGAAAAGGCUGAACUCGCUAAAAAGUUCCGUUUGUUUACAUCUAAAUGGUACGCAGUGUGUCCCAACUAAUUUUAAGCCUUAAAAAUGAAGUAUUCUGUACUUAUGAAAUAGUUGGGCUCCUUAUGUUGUUUGCACUGGAUGUUGCAGAUGUAACCCCUCACAAUGUGUAGAUAGUUGAUUUGUGUGAAGUAUUUGACGGUUUGAGCAAACAGACUUUCUAACAUAUUUUUUAUUUUUAUUCUUGCAAGAAAGGCAGGAAGGUUAGUUGGUGUCAGAUGCACCCUGCCGAGUUCUGUGCAAAAGUUAGAAGAGAAUCAACAGAUGUAUGCAUGUGUUGUGUGGUACAGGGAUUUGCUAAAGGCACAACUCCAGUUGAGUGUUCUUUGAAAAGUCUAAUGUGACACCUUUUCUUAGCUUGCACAUUUCUUGUGUGGCCAAAGAGCCCCGUGGCUAUGAAUACAUGGCUGGAAAGAGGCAAAACUCCAAUUAAUUGUUCUUUAAAAAGUGUAAUGUGACACCCUCCUUUUUUUUUAACUUGCAGAUUUCUUGUUAGGCCAAAGAGUGCCAUGGCUAUGCAUACAUGACAGGAAAGUAGCCAGUGUCUGGUGUUCAAGUGCAUGUGAAAGGCAGCUGUAAAAAUAUGCCUUGGUCUCGUGAGUCAUGGUUUGGGUUGUUGGCAUGGAUGACAGAGUGUGGAUACUCCCUUUGGAACAUGAUGCCCAGAUAGAUCCUGAUGGAUCUAUCUGGGCAUUGAAUUAUGUGGUUUUGUUGUAAGGUUGUUGCAAGUUAAUUGAGCCCUUUGAGUAGCAUUUGCAACAGCCUUUAUUUGCAACACCAGAAAUAUUUUUAACAUGUUCAAUAAUGAGGUAAUCCAAAAACAAGCUACUACCUUGCAAAUUAGGGCUCUUAUUGUCAGGUACUAGUGUUACGUAACAUUUAUUCUUAGUAUUACUAUAUCUGUAAGCUUCUCUAUAAGAUUGUUCACAUUGCUAAUGGUUUAUGACCAUGGUUGUUGGCCACAGGGAAGUACACAGGAACCUGCUUUUCAUGGUUUUAUGGUGGCUAAAGUAGGGUCACUUUAGAAGGGCCACUCUGAAGGUUUCUCAACAAGCUUAUUCUUCCAACAAUUUGGAAAUGAAGCUUGCUUUGGAAAGUCAUUGAUGUGGAUUUUGAUGUGCCUAGCAGUACCUUUUUGGUUAAAAGGUUCUUCAGUGGAGCUACUGUAGAGUUGACUGAAGCCAUUCACAGUUUUCAGUAGCAGAUGGAGAACAGCUCCUUGAGCUUGUAGGGUUUCUGGAAUAGCCAUGACAUCAGUAGUGGAGUAUAUUGUGCAACUUUGUUUAUAAUUUUUAACAUUGUUAUUGGAGUCUGAGAUGUUGUUCUUUGAGUGUAUACAAGCUUGAACAAUUUACUUGUGGUGAGCUAGCACUUUUAUUUUAUGUUGUUUUAUUCUGAUGCUGAUGGGUAAAUAGAGACAUUCAAAGAUCUCAAUGAUUUGCUAAGCAUACUACAGCUGUGAACUAGUUCUUGGAAAUAUUGAGCUUCUUUCACACAUGGUGGAAGGGAAAAUGCAGACUUGUUAAGACUAAUUGAGGUUUGUAACAACUGUGGGAAUUAUUGUUAUAUCUGUUAGUGUUGCAGCACUUGCCCAUUUGGUGCUCAGUAAUAUGGCAAAAAAGACUAGCUGAGAAGGACUUCAUCACAGAGAGAUGCUGUUGGGGCUGCAGAAAAAAUAAAUGGGGCCAAAGCACGAUGGGGUGGAGUCUGUAGGCAUUUAUGGAGUGACUAGCAAGUUUGUCGUUCACUUUCUUGGAUGGUUAUUGUGGUCACAAAAUUCAUGGCUAAUUUGAAGUGAUGGUCAUCUGUUAGGCUGACUAGAAACACACUGCAGUCUCCAGGCACUUUUGGAUUGAAUGACUAUCAUCGUGGAUGGUUUAUAUGGGCACUCAACUUUGCUAGUGGUCACGUUCAGAAUGGCGUCCAAAUGUUUUGAUACGUCAUAUUAUUUGCUGUUAAGUCUUGAGCUAUCUGGUUACUCUAGUGGGGCAAGUUUCUAUGUUAAACAUGUAGAGCUGAUCCCUGUAUACAUUGGCAAGCAGCAUUGUCGCAUGGUCACCACUUUGAAAAUAUUUUUCUGUUGUGCACUUUGAAAUGCCAGUGUGUUCUCUUAACCCUUUAACUACCAAGCCCUAGUUGUACCCAUCCAAGCUGUUUGUACCAAUAUCACUAAUGAGCCGACUUGUCCAGGCAACAGCUUCUACUGUUUUGCAUGUCCAAAAUUGUCAACUUAGUUCUCGCAGUGCUUUAGAGUUUUGGUACCCGAACAUAUUUUUCGAAGCUUUCGAUUACUUUCGCUAUUGAUUACUGUCAUUCUUAAGUUCAGGUUAUCGCACUCGAGCCUUGCAUUUGUGCAGAGUGAAAGUCUAUUUUCCAGAGCAGAUGUCUUUCAUUAAUAUUUCGGGUGAAUACAAGAGGUACAGACACAUGCAAUACGUUUUUCAAAUUUGAAUAUAAUGUGCAAGAAUUUGCUGGAAUAAAAAAAAAAUUGGGGAAAUUUCGUACACUUUCUUAUGAGAGAAGUUGGGAGUUAAAGGGUUAAGUGCUUCUACACCUCCUUAGGUAUUGUCUCUUAGGUGCAAAGCACAUUGAAUACUGUUUGCAACUGAUAAGUAAACACUUUUUCUUUCUGUUAGGCCAGAAAAUGUCCUGGCAAAUUAAACAGGCAAAGUGUGAUGUGCAUGUCUUUCUUAAGUUAAAAGCAAAGCUGUUUAGGGAGAAAUUUUUUGUUUCAUGUGCACUGUGCAUAAUGGGAACCAAGUGUAGCCUGUUUUUAAAUAUUUUAGUAUACUCAUGUAGAAUGCAAACCUAGUUUGAGUCUUGCACAUGCAUAGUGUUGCUGACAUUACUCAUUCGGUGCCCUAAGCUGUGUGUAGGGGCAGUGCUCUUGCAGAGGUAGGCGUUACGCAUUCUUUGUGGAAUUGCUACUUUGUUGAAAGAUGGUGAUAAGCAAUCUAAUGCUGGGAAUGGGCAAGGACAGCAGGAGGGAGGUCAUGGUGUGGAUGGUUUGAAUAUUAAUUCCUGCGCAUAGCAGUUGUCAAAAAGCUUCCAGCACAGAAUGCAAUUUGUUCACAGAAGCUUUUUUAAUAGCAUUAGUAAACAAUCAAAUUAUAAUAAUUAACUUCUUUGGCAGCCAAACAAAGUGCUCGUGCUUGCUCCAACUCCAACUACUCUGUGCUAGUUUAUUAUUUGAUAGAUCGCCAAGUUUUCUGAGAUCUAGGUCCAAACUAUGUGGUGCAUCCUUGUAAAUAACGUAUCUUUGUGGUGAGUAUUGUUAAAAACUUUUUUCUCCUUUGUCACUGUUAAUGUCUUGUGACCCGAUACAUUUCAUCACCUUGCCUUAAAACAGUUUUCUUUUUCUUGUUCACAUUGGUCAUACUUGCUGUCAGAACACUUUCAGAUGAACUGGUCACAGUGUUGCCUGUGUAUUUGCAUAUUAGUUAGAAACAGUGCACUACACUUUAUUUUUCUUAUUUUCUUGCUCUUCUUGUUUGGCUGAGAGGUUGCAAUUUUCACUUAUAUCUUGAUGAAUAAGCAGGCAGUACCUGCAACAUCUUGAGUUUUGUACAUGAAUUGUAUGCAUACUGUGAAGCAUUGUGGGAUACUUUGCAACUUAUACAUUGCUGUUAUGUCUGAAUGUUUUUGAAAUCAGUCUGAUCGGACUUGUUCUGUGCCCUAAAAGCUGCACUUCACGAAAACAUACUGUACUGUUGCUCUUUGCUAAACUGCUCUACGACUUCUUUUAUGGAAGGUGA